AUGUAUACUAGGCUGGAGAACACAGUAUCUCAUAUUCAUCACUUUGAACUACAGACUGAUUCACAGGGAGUUAGGGAUGAUGCCAGGUGCAGGAUCUUCCUAGCCACCCUGUCAGAAAUUUCCCAGCAGUGGUUUUUUAAGUUACCACCAGGAUCGAUCACAUCAUGGGAUGUAUUUGUACACACAUUCUAUUCCCUAUUCUCCUCAGCAAUGCUCCUUCCCACCGAGCUGAAUGACCUGGUGGACAUAAAACAGAAAGAUAAUGAACCUUUGAAGGAGUACAUUCAACGUUUUAUGCGGAAAGCCACCAGGGUGAAAUCCCUUAGUGAUGAGGGUAAAUUAAUAGCCAUCAAUUCAGGAAUUAAGGUAAAGAGUAUGUUCUGGAGCGGCUUGAAAAGGAAGGCUGCACAUACCACCCAAGAGUUCCUUGAUCGGGAAGAGGAAUUCAUUAAGCUUAAGGAGACCGAGUGGAAGGUGGAUAACCCAACUCAGGCAGUUACUGAGCAGGGGAAAACAGAGGUUGAGAAUACCACAAAUCCUACAGAAGGAGCAAAGAAUGGGGCCAAGGAUGGCAAACAUAAUAAUGGGGUUGGAAGUAGUGGUAACCAGAAUGACACCAAUAAGCCUAAGACCAUCGAGCAAACCAAGCCACAGGAAUAUGUUCCCAAAUUUACUACUUACUCCAUCCUGCUAGAGACCUGGGCUGACGUUUUUAAUGCUACACAGGUCGUCGUACCGUACAGAAAACCUCCACCGAUGAGGAAGGAUGUUAAUAGACGGGACAUGACCAAGUUCUGCCAGUUUCACAAUGAUUAUGAUCACAAAACCAAUGAAUAUAUAGAUGAAGAAAUGACCGAGCAGUCAUCGAAGUCUGGACCACCGCCCAAUAUAGGUGCCGAGCAGAACACUAAGCGCCCAGCACUCAGACUUGAUCAUUCCAAGGAAGAAUCCGAGGUAUGGAAGCUGCACGCCGAUGGAUCAUCUAACAAUUAG